GGGGGAGAGGCACGGCAGAGUGUAUUCUUGAUUUCAAAGUUCAAAUGACAGUCACCCUUUUUUAUCAUCACUCUGCUUCUCUCUCUCUCCCCCCACAUCCACACCCAUACAAAUAUGCUCAUUUUUUUGCGAAAUAGUUUCCCUCUUUUUAUUUUUAUUCUUUAUUUUUGCCUCUUUGAUAUUCUUGCAUUACUUUUUUUUAAUACUGUUAUUUAAUUCCUUUUUCUCCUUUUUCUUCCACCAACGUUGCGUGGACCAUACAUUUCUCAUGUUUGAGCAGUUCCUCAAUAUUCUCGGCAAACCACAAACCCAAGCACAACAACAGCCCCAGACACAACAACAACCACAGCAGCAGCAGCAGCAGCAGCAGCAGCAAAGCCAACGUCAGCUGGACGAGGCAAGCAAAAGACAGAGUAAUGCCAAGGACGCACAGAAGCGCCGUGACCAAAUUCACACCCUCGCCGAAUACCUCAGCACAGCCAAAGCCAAGCGCUCGACAUGCAGCCGAAUAGUCGAGAGCGUGCGCCAGGUAUCUGAGCUUACCAUCUGGUGCGACCGCCGCAACCCCGAGAUGCUCAGCCUGAUAAUAGAGCAAAACCUGCAUCAGUCCAUGCUGCGGCUGCUCACUCACACUGGCCCGCCUACAGCCGUCUCGGCAGCUGUCGCCGUCCAGGUGCUGCAGACAUUCAGCAUCAUUCUCGACGGAAUCACGGACACUGGGUUUCUUUAUGCGCUGCUGUCCAACAACUUUGUAAAUCGCCUGAUUACCACGCCAAUGGAUCUAGACAACGAUGAAGUGCUGCCCUACUACGUGGCAUUCCUCAAGGCGCUGUCGCUCAAGCUGACGCCCGACACGAUCCACUUUUUCUUCAACGACGGCAACCUCAAUGACUUCCCACUGUACACGACAGCCAUCUCGCUGUUUGAUCACCCAGACUCGAUGGUGCGCGUGGCUGUGCGCGCAAUCACACUGAAUGUCUUCCGAAUCAACGACCGCCGCGCGCUAGAGUUUAUCCUGGACGCGGCCCGAUGCGUGCACUUUUGGGAGCAGAUCAUGCACACGCUCAAGGACUCAUAUGACGACGCCUUCCGCAUUCUCGUUGACCUGCCCACAGGCAAACAAGCCGGAAAGGUCUCGGAGGUCUGGGCGUCGAUAGACAUGAUUCUGGAGAACCACAUGGGCCUACUGGCGUACCUCAACGAUAUAUACGGGCUGGGCGUCGAGCGCAUCAACCGCAGGGUCACCGACGAGUUCAACGACCGCAUACUCUUCCGCACAUACGUGCAUGCCAUUGAGGUCGGCUGGCGCGCCGGAGCAUCGCACGAGGAGUCUCUGUAUAUGCAAGUCGUGGCGCUGUUUAUCGCGCACUUCUUCGCCAUUAUCCGGUACACCCCUUUGCUCACAGACACUAUCAACGCGCUCUUUGUGUACUCGCCCGCAAUCAGGGAGCAGAGUCCUGGAGGUAUCAGGCGGUCUCUGAGCGAUGCCUACAGCGGUGACGAUCCGCAGCCGUACGGCAUUAGACCGGGUCAUCAUAUCCGCAACAGCAACAGCAGCAGCAGCAAUAAUAACAAUAGGGCUGUGCAGGACACUAUGGAGGAUGUUCCUCGGCUGACACAUCCGUUUGUCCUGUCUCCGUUCGAGUCCUCACAUACGCUGAUGCCCUGGCUGUGCGCCACGCUGGAGGUUCUCAACAAUAAGGCUAUCAGCCCGACAACCCUUGUUAAAUCAGUGCUUAUGCCACGCCGUAUGCUGCGCACCCGCGCGCUUCUUGAAUCGCUGACAGGAAACACUGCUGUACUUGACUGUCGCAGUUUCUCGUCGUCUGGCAGGACCGAUAUGACGUUGACACUGACUCAGCUACAGCAGCAGCAACAGCCAAUGCACAAUACUGGUGGUGGUAGUGGUUCUGGUGGCAAGCCACUAGCAAGGAUUCCUGUUGCGCCUCUGCCCCCUUAUACGCAGACCAUUGUCACUUCCAUGAUGCAGGUGCUGGCGGAUACGCCACCAGCGCACAAUUGGAUUACUAUUGAUCUUGCCGCGCUUUUGUUGGUGCAGCUGACGAGGAAUAGCCGCGGGCAGAUCGUGCUGGAUCCAGGGAUGGCCGAUGAGCUCGAGCAGGCACACUAUGCGCAUUCGGCAGAGCUGCGUGCAAUGCUCCUGGCACCAACACCAACACCAACAACAACAACAAAAACAACAAAAACAUCCGCCAAUACUGAUGCCGAUGCCGAUACCGAUACCGACGCCGAUACCGACGUCGAUACUGAUACCGAUGCCAGCAACAUGGUCGCGCGUGGAUCAUGGAAGAUUUUAGUCAAAUGCCGGUCAAAUCUACACAUGUCGGUGCAGUCUGCUCACAUGCAUUCGCCCUUUGAGAGCGACACGCCGCAAGACGUUGUUUUGGCUGCAUCAAUCCACCAGGCAUACCACCUCCGUCGUCUUCGCGCCGCGCUAAGUCCUGACCAACAGCCAGGCGAACCAACAGCAUCAGCAAAUGUCCGUGGACUCUACGCCCCCGACCUCCACAAAUGGCUCGGCACCCAGCCACCAGCCUCCAGCUCAUCAAUACCACCGCCAGCAGAAACCGCACACGUAACCGAGUCUGUAACCGUCAUUGAUAAUUACGGCAAACACGCACUGCCCAAAUCUGUAACGCGCCUGGGAUUCCCCGCCAUCAUUGCCUGCCACUCCGGUUGCCUGUAUAUCAACCAAGGAAACACCCAGGAGCUCGUGUGGCCGCUGGCCGAUGUGGUGGUCACACGCAGCACAGAGACCACAGCGGCCGGUGCCUUGCACGUGCUGAGAUUGCAGGAUACGCCGUUUCCCGCGCCGUUUUAUCCGCCCAGGCCGCAGUCUCUAGGCGGAAUCAACACGGCGACGGCCAAGCACCGCGUGCAGAGCUUUAGUAAGUUUACAGCGACGCCAACGACGAUGAUGCCACCGCCGCCAUCGUCGUCUUUGGAAAACAGGGAGGUGCCGAAGAAACUGACGUAUACAUAUUUCGGUUCUCAGCGUGCACUGGAUGUUUCUCUGCGCUUUGUUGACGAGGCGCAAUGCGAGAGGCUUUCAGCCGAGCUGCACGCACAGGCUGCGGCGUCCCGCUCAAGGCUCGUCAGUAUCAUGCUCGAACACAAUGUCAUUUGAAGGAGCAGUGAAGAAAUAAUAUAUAUAUAUGAAUAUAAAAUGGUUUAUAUAAAUGCAAUAUAGUGAAAGGUAAUGCGGGUGUAUUUCACCUCGCAAUAUAAAAUAAACAAACAACAUAAAAUAUCACUGAUUACGCUU